AUGAGAAAAAUAUAUUUAACUGUUGAAAAAUUAUUUAAUAAUCAGAUAGUAUUAGGAUCAAAUGAUCCAAUUGAAAAUUUUUUCUUUACCAAUUAUUGUUAUUCGUCUUCCGUACUUAAUAGAGAUAUAAAUGGUGACAUAGAAAAUAAUGAAGAUAUAUUUAAAACAUUUCAAGAAUCCUUGCAAAAUGAAAUAGAUUCUCUUACUUCUGGCCUUGAGAAAUUAAUUACUGAUAUUAACGAAAAUCAAGAAAAGAUUUCAAGCAUGAAUACAAACAUAUCUAAUUUAGAAAAUAUGAUAGAAGCCAGUAGAAAUAGUACUGUAUGUAAAACAAAUGUAAGUGAAAUUGUAAAGAAUAUUAAAAUGCGUUUUAAAAAAGAAAAAUCCGACUUGAAAGAAAUUAUUACUACACUAUUUGCUGAUAAUUUAGAUAUUCAAGAUCUAAUUGCUAGAAUAAUUGAACAUCAUUUUACAGAAGGCUGUGAUAAAUAUCUCCAAUUAGAAAAUGAAGAUAAUAUAACCGAACAUAUUGAAUUACUUAGAAGAACUCAAUUAUUUGAAGAUAGUAAAAUUUAA